AUGGGACAAUCACUAACACUCGCUCCGUCACCAUCAGAAAUAAUUGAUCAUUAUCCGAAAAAUUUAUUUCUUGCAAAAUACGAAACUAAUGUUGAUAAUGAUAUUGAUAAACGGAAAGUUUACAAUUUCAACAACAUUUCCACAUUAGAAAAACAAUUACCUGAUGAAUUACUCAGUUUAAUAUUAUCAUAUUUGGAUAAUAUUGAAUAUACAAAGUUAAAACAAGUUAGCAGGAAUUUUAGAAAUUAUUGGAUUCGAUUAAAUUGGAAAGAGAGGGAUAGUUCAGAAUAUGGAUCUUUUAUUUGGUUUAAACCAAUUCCCAAAAAUUCACCAAGUGAAUAUUUUACUCAUUUUCACUCAACCUUUCUUCCAUUUCUCAAUAGAAAUAUUAAAUACACUACCGAAAGUGGGAAACUUUUGAAAUUCCUCAUCAUGGGACCUAAAUCAUGUGGAAAAUCAUGUUUUGUUGAUAGAUUGAUAAUUCCAAACUCUAAAUUUAAAACGAAAAUAGAACCAACAAUAAGUUCAGAAGUGGAAUUUGUAAGAUUUUCAGCUUUAAAUGAAACAUUUUCAAUUCAAUUGUGGGAUUGUUCAGGAGAGUGGAUUUAUCAAGGAAUAAUAUCAUCUCAAAUACCAUCAAGUAAUGUUAUUGUAUAUUGUUUCGAUUUGAGCUCGAAAGAAUCAUUCGAAAGUUUACGAAUGAAAUAUCUUCCAUUUUUUCUUUCAAAAUUAAAUGAAAAUUCAAUUAUGGAUUGGUUGAGUAAGAAAAACAUUACUUUUUUAAUUAUUGGAUUAAAGAAGGAAUUGAAAAGACAAGUGAGUACCGAAAUGAUUGAGGAAUUGAUGAGAGAAUUGACUCCUAAUGACGAAAUUUAUUCUAAAGGUAUUCCCUUACUGCAAUGCAGAGUAAAUUAUUUUGAAUUGGGUUCUGCUGAGGAUUCAUAUUCUCAGGUAAUACUACCUCUACAAUAUGCACUACUACGACAUUCAAUUCUUGGUCAAGUGUUGCACAACUAA